AAAUUUUGACAACCAGCCAAUCGUCGUCAUGACAGCCCAGCACGUGAUGUGACGUAGUGGUAAGUUCCUGCUGGAGGCUGUGAGAGAAACAGAUCCGACAUUCAGACUCUCAGCGGGGAGAAACGCGACUUUACUGGCCUGUGGAAGCCCCCCUCCCUGAGCGAUGGCCUCACCAGUCUCAGUCUACAACUCCAAUCCCUUGGACACACACAUCUCCAGUACCUCCAGAGAGUCUCUGAAGAUGGAGUUGUUAUCUGAUGUGUCUCUGCUGCCGGGGGAGGAGAGAAUUAUAGAUAAAGAAAUCAUCUACAUCUGUCCGUACAACAGCGCCGUGAAAGGCAAAGUGUUGAUCACCAACUACAGACUGUACUUCAAGAGCUCAGAUGCUGAUGUGGUGGUGACGCUGGACGUUCCUCUUGGCGCCAUCAGUCGGGUGGAGAAGAUGGGCGGGGCGUCCAGCAGAGGAGAAAACUCCUACGGCCUGGAGAUCACCUGCAAGGACAUGAGGAACCUGAGGUUCGCCUUGAAGCAGGAAGGUCACAGCAGAAGAGAUAUCUUCGAGCUCCUCUUCAAAUACGCCUUCCCCCUCUCACAUGGUCUGCCACUGUUUGCGUACGUGACUCAGGAGAAGUACGGAGAGAACGGCUGGGACAUCUACAAACCCAUAGAGGAGUUCAGACGGCAGGGCUUACCUAAUACCAAGUGGCGUAUUACAUUCAUCAAUAAGAACUACGAGCUGUGUGACACCUACCCCACUGUGCUGGCUGUACCCUUUAAAAGUAAAGAGGAGGACCUCAGGAGAGUGGCUGCCUUCAGGUCAAGAGGACGCAUACCGGUUCUAUCGUGGAUCCACCGGGAGAACCAGGCGGUGAUUGUCCGCUGCAGUCAGCCUCUGGUCGGCAUGUCCGGUAAGAGAAACAAGGACGACGAGCGCUACCUGGACGUGAUCAGGGAGGCGAACGACACCACCAAGCUCACCAUCUACGACGCUCGGCCCAGCGUCAACGCCGUGGCCAACAAGGCCACAGGAGGAGGCUACGAGGGUGACGAGUACCUCAACGCAGAGCUCGUCUUCCUGGACAUCCAGAAUAUCCACGUCAUGAGGGAGUCCCUGAAGAAACUCAAGGACAUCGUCUACCCCAAUGUGGAGGAUUCUCACUGGCUGUCCAGUCUAGAGUCGACACACUGGCUAGAACAUGUUAAGCUGGUGUUGUCAGGAGCCAUCCAAGUAGCAGACAAGGUGUCCAGCGGGAACUCGGUGUUGGUUCACUGCAGCGACGGCUGGGACCGGACCGCUCAGCUCACCUCUCUGGCCAUGCUGAUGCUGGACAGCCACUACCGCACUCUCAGAGGCUUCCAGGUGCUGAUUGAGAAGGAAUGGAUCAGCUUUGGGCACAAGUUUGCCUCAAGGAUAGGUCACGGUGACAAGAACCACGCAGAUCAGGACAGAUCGCCCAUCUUUGUUCAGUUCAUCGACUGCGUGUGGCAGAUGACUAAACAGUUUCCUACAGCCUUCGAGUUCAACGAGCGCCUCCUGCUGACAAUCCUGGAUCACCUCUACAGCUGUUGCUUCGGGACUUUCCUCUACAACUGCGAGAGUGCACGAGACCAGCACGAGGUGAGAUCAAAGACGGUGUCUCUGUGGUCUCUGGUCAACAGUAAGAUGGAAAUGUAUUUAAACCCCUUCUACACACCGGAGUCCGGCAGGGUGCUCUACCCCGUCGCCAGCAUGCGCCACCUCGAGCUGUGGGUAACGUACUACAUCCGCUGGAACCCACGUAUACGACAACAGCAACAGAGUCCGGUGGAGCAGCGCUACAAGGAGCUGUUGGCCCUCCGAGACGAGUACUUGAAGAAGCUGGAGGAGCUGCAGCUGUCUGACUCCCCGUCUUCCCGUAUGGCUAACAUGCCCACCCCCAACACCUCGUCCUCCAGCGCCUCCACGCCGCCACAGCAAUACACACACCUACAAACUCCCCUCUGAGGGCUGGUGACACACACACACACACACACACACACACACACACACUCACACUCACAGAUGUUGACUUGCACUUACUUCACUCUGUCAGUCUCUCAGUCUCUCACACACACGCAGGGAAUGAAUUAGUUUCGUGCAGUAGUCCUAACUGUUUAUAACAAAUAAUGCUAAUAAGAUUUAGAUUUGAUGGGUAAUUCUAACACCAUAGUGGUGAUGAUGGUGAUUUAUGCAAUAUGUCACAGUACAGCCUUGUCAGACUUUUCUACACACACACACACUCUCACUCUCACCGUACACGGAAGCCUUAAAGACAUUCAGUGGCUUUCAGUCCAAGGGCUUGAACACACAGGACACAUGGUGUAUGUAUAGGCGUUCACACGGGCAGCAGAGCAGAGCCCAAGUUAUGUGUUGUCUCUGUACGUCAUACUGAUUGGUACGGAAGCCCUGAGAGGCAAAACAAAAAAAUAUCUGGUGAUACAUUUUUACUAAGUCUGAUCUAAAUAGUUUUCUCUCCGGUGUUUGUGACUGGAGAACAAAUGAAAAAAAAAAAGGUUUUGUCAGGAUAAAUUUUGUUGGAAAAAGUUUCGAAUAAAACUAAUAACUAAAAUUAAUAGAAAAUUAUAAAAGUAAUAAAUAAAAAGUUAAAAAAAAUAAAAGUAAU